AUGAGCGAGAGCAGUGGCAAGAGUCUGUCGUGGCCGGAGGUGCAGGAGAUCUGCGGCCAGUUGGAAGGCAUGUUCCACGACGACGCACUUAAAGACGCACAGCGUCUACGUGUGCUCAUCCAGAACCGCAAGGACAUUGCCAGCGCGUUUCACACCCGCCAGCGCUCAGCGCAAAAGCUGCUCGCUCAUCUUCACGCGAAUUUAAGGGAGUGGGAGGAAAAAGAGCAAAUGGCCAAGAAGCGCAAUGAGCAGCUGCACGAGCGUCUGCAGCAGCUGGACACGAUCAAGAGAGAUGUGGCGGAGUCGUUGGACAUGCUGAUGAGUAGAUAUGAUGAGACGAAACAAGAGCUGCUGCAGUACCAUGCUGAUCAUCAGAACGACAUUCCAGUGGCAAAAAACCAAAUGAGUCUUUAUGCCUCGGUUACGGGAAUCCGGUGGGACUUUAGCGACAUGCAGAUGGCAGGAGAUAUUCAUGUACCUGCGAAAAAGCAAAUUGUCCGAUUUCACAUCGACCCUGCAAUGGACCAUUUCACGGCUGCAAACACGCUAUGGGACAAGAUUGAUGAGGCUUUUGAUGACAUCAACAGUGACAUGUAG